GAGGACCCUGGAGCAAAGGUAAGUCAGAAGUUACCUUCAGAUAUAACUUAUCUGUUACGGAAGAAGACAGACUCUGUGAAGCUGUUCUUCACUGAUUAAGACACAAAUCAACUGCGAGCUCGAGCUAAAGCAGCCCAGUGGAGCGGGAUGUUGCCUGAUAAAGAUGGACCGAAUGGAGGCGGAGGAGUCCGGGACGGGCCCGGGACAGAAGACCCCUCAGUGACCCUGUUCAGAGAGUACCUGCGGCUGAGGACCGUCCACCCCGAGCCCGACUACGAUGGUGCUUUGAGAUUCCUGGAGCGGGUGGCAGGCGAGCUCGGCUUACCCAUGAAGAAGGUGGAGGUGUGUCCCGGUCGGGUCGUGGCCAUCAUCACAUGGGUCGGCACCAGGCCUGAGCUGAAGUCUGUGGUGCUGAACUCACACACUGAUGUUGUUCCUGUGUAUGAGGAACACUGGAAACAUGACCCGUUCGCUGCUGUGAAAGAUGCGGAGGGCAACAUCUAUGGCAGAGGCUCUCAGGAUAUGAAAAGUGUCACGAUACAGUACAUUGAAGCGAUUCGCAGACUAAAGGCUUCUGGGAAGAGGUUUUCUCGCACUAUCCAUUUAAUGUUUGUCCCAGACGAGGAGGUCGGCGGGCACAAAGGAAUGGAGACGUUUGUGAAGCACCCUGCGUUUGAGGAGUUGAACAUCGGUUUUGCCCUUGAUGAAGGUUUGGCAAACCCAACUAAUGCUUAUACUGUCUUCUACGGAGAGAGAAAUCCCUGGUGGAUCACCGUUCGCUGUCCAGGAAGUCCAGGUCACGGCUCCAGGUUUGUGGAGAACACGGCAGCAGAGAAACUACGGCGAGUUAUUAACUCCUUCCUGGAGUUCAGAGAGAAAGAGAAACAGCGGCUGAACACCAGCGAGUGCUUCACUCUGGGGGACGUCACCACCAUCAACAUGACCAUGGUGAAGGGGGGCGUGGCUUAUAACGUGGUUCCCGCGGAGAUGGACGUGAGCUUUGACUUGAGGAUCCCGCCCACUGUGAACCUGCCGGAGUUUGAAGAGAAGAUAAAAGCCUGGUGCAGAGAAGCUGGUGAAGACGUCACGUAUGAUUUUGCACAGAAACACAUGGAUCAGAACUUCACGUCGACGGAGGAGAGCGACCCCUGGUGGCACGCGUUCAGCUCCACCUGCACCGCCAUGAACGUGACUCUGAAGAAGGAAAUCUUCCCCGCCGCCACAGACAGUCGCUUCAUGAGGGAAGUGGGUCUUCCUGCCAUCGGCUUCUCCCCGAUGAACCUCACCCCCAUCCUGCUCCACGAUCACAACGAGUACCUGAACGAGCAGGUGUUCCUGCGGGGCGUCCAGGUGUACGAGCGUCUGGUGCCGGCCCUCGCCAGCGUGGCUCCUCUGAGCGGAGAAGUGUAGAUCACACACACACACACACACAGCUGCUUCACACAUAUCGACCGUAACACCAAAGAUCCGGCUGAUCCCAUAUAAUGAGGAUCUUUAAUGAACUCUUUAAUUAAGAGAAUAAUGUCUUAGAUUUGCUUUUAAGUCUUAAUUGUCUGCACAAAUAGAAGCUGC